AAAUUAUUUUAAAGAACUGGUUGAGUACGUGUCGUCGAUGCGCUUGCUGUGUUAAGGCAUUUGCAAAUACAAAUCUAUCUAUUACCGACGUUGAAUAACAAUGCAAUCGAUUAAGUUGAACAAUGGCAGAUCAAUUCCAGCACUGGGCCUCGGAACAUGGAAAAGUAAACCGGGCGAGGUCGCCAAUGCAGUGAAAGUGGCCAUCGAGGCUGGCUACAGACAUAUUGAUUGUGCAGCAGUUUAUGGCAAUGAAAAGGAAGUAGGAGAGGCACUAAAAGCUUGCAUUGGAACAACGGUAAAAAGAGAGGAUCUUUUUAUCACGUCAAAACUAUGGAACACAAAACACAACCCUGCUGAUGUGCGUACUGCUCUGAUGAGUACCCUGAGUGACCUUCAACUUGACUAUCUUGACCUUUACCUUAUCCACUGGCCAUUAUCUUUUCAAGAUGGUGAUAACCCUUUCCCUAAGGAAGCUGAUGGAAGUGUAAUCUACGCAUACCACCAUCCAUGUGAUACCUGGAAAGCUAUGGAGCCCCUCGUGGAUGAAGGCUUUGUCAAGGCUAUUGGAUUAUCAAAUUUCAACAGUAAACAAGUUGAUGAAAUUAUAGAGAAGAGUAGCAUUAAGCCUGCAGCAUUACAAGUGGAGUGUCAUCCUUACCUUAAUCAAGCUGAGCUUUUAGCUCAUUGCAGGGUAAGGGACGUGGUUGUAACAGCAUACAGCCCUCUUGGAUCACCUGAUCGUCCAUGGGCAAAACCUGGAGACCCUUACCUCUUAGAUGACCCCAAGAUGGUAGAAAUCGCCAAUAAAUAUGGCAAGUCUCCUGCACAGGUCUGUAUCCGCUUUCAGAUACAGCGUGGUUUGUCUGUCAUACCCAAGAGUGUUACACCUGUUCGCAUCAAGAGUAACUUUGAG